GUCACAUCUCCACCGGUCGGGGUUGAUCAUGGCUUGGAAUGAGAGAUGGUUGAUGGUCUGUUUGCAGCUGCUUCUAGCAUUUUUAGCUGAAGCUGGAUCAAAGCAUGGUAAUGCCGAGUUCAAGAAGGUGGCUCUACCGCAUCAUUCCUUUUCGAUUCCGAUAGAAUACACGAAUCUUCUUGGAGACUGGAUGCUCAGCGGAGCCAGCAUUUUCGAGAGGGAGCGAUUGGUGCUGCAUCCUGGUGUCUUGGAACGUCAGGGAUUUGCUUUCAACAAGCGACCCCUGCAGACCAACGACUUCCAGGUCACUGUGGGCCUCCGCACCAGCGGCCCUGCCAAGGUGGAGGAGGUUCCGGAGGACCAAAGCUUUGCCUUUUGGUUUGUUCGGCAGAACAUCUCGGGUGACUUCAACGAGAGUCGCAUGAUCCGCGCGUCUUCUUGGAGACAGGGGUUGACGGAUGAGGGCUACAUGCUUAGCGGGUCAAAGGCACUCUUCGAAGGCAUUGGAGCAGUUUUUUCCACCUCGGACUUCAACAAGAAGCCAAGCACCGCCAUUUCUUUUGUCAGCAAUGAUAAUCACCAAAGCCUUCAGUAUGGCAUAGAUGUACCCAGCAGCAGCGCGAAGGUCAUUGACUUUCGGAACAAAGAAGUGGAGUUCACCUUCCGAGUGCAACCCACGCUGGUGCAGGCAAGUUUGGUGGUGGAUGGCAUCAAGCAUGACUGCUUCUCGGUGGAUCGCAAGAGCUUUCCCGUGAAGGUGGGAGGAUACAUUGGUUUUUCGGCCUGGAGUGGUUCAGGCACGAAACUGCCGGAUAGCGUCUCUUUGACAAAGGUUGAGGUGACCAACUUUGAUGACGAAGCCAUCGGGGAGGACGUGAUUGGAGCGUCCGUGGCGGAGCAAACCCAGUACAGCGAAAUGAUGUCUUCGGAUUCUCGUCACUUUGUGGAUCAAAAAUCCCAGACUGAACAUCUCGUCAAGGUGACCAACAUGCUUUCGUCUCACUUGAAUGAGAACAAGCCAGUGUACGACGUGAUGGCCUUUCAAGUGUCAGGUAUGAUCGAUUCCCUGAACAGGUUGGACCGGGACUGUCGUUUGCUGACGAAAGAGAUGAAAAUCCUGGAGUCGAAAAGGCAUCACGUAAGCAAGGCGCCAAAGAAUCAGAACAACUUGGAGGAGUUGAAGUCCCAUGUCUACGGCCUCCGGCGCCUUCUGGAAAAGGAGGGGAAGGCCCAACUGCACAAGCUCGAGGCUGUCCAGAAAAACCUGAACGAGGUGAAAGAGCAAGCGAGCAAGGCGAGUGGCUCCAGCAUGCUCACCAAGCUCGUGGAUCAGACGCGACUCUUAGAAGAGUCAGUUUUAGCCAGAAGCUCCCAGAUGACAUGGAUGUUGCUGAUUCUGUUGGUGGUCAUCGUUGUCAUUGGCGUCCUGAUGUUCAACAGGAUGCGUUACUACGAGAAGAAGCACUUCAUUUGAGACCUGCUGGGCCUCAAAA